AUGUGUCCCAUUAAGACCUCGCCUGCUGAUGGUACCGUGCUGUACAUUGGCCCGGUAGACGAAACAACGAACCAACUCUGCCAAGUCAAGGGGGUUCACUACAGCAUAAAUGAGUUUCUCGGUCCCACUGAGGCCUUUCGGACGCAGGAAGCCACGAGGAAGAAAAAGAAACUGAUUCUCUACCAGUGUGUCAUCUAUCUUGGUCCCGGCGACUAUCAUCGGUUUCACACGCCCGCCGACUGGACCAUCACCACGCGCAGGCAUUUUCCCGGCAAAUUAAUUUCAGUUCGGCCCACCUUUGCUUCACGUCUGCCCGGUCUGUUUGCCCUGAACGAACGUGUUGUCUACCUGGGCCGCUGGAAGCACGGUUUCAUGAGCUUUACUGCCGUGGGGGCCACCGGCGUGGGAUCCAUCUGCGUGGAGGCAGACUCCAACUUGUGCACUAACAAACCCACACGGAGUUCCCUUGGUCUGCCCAGCUAU